GCAGCCAUGACUGGUGCUGGCUUCAAUCUGUGGCAUCACAAGCAGCGAACACUUCCGGCACCAUGGAUCAGACUGACUCUUCUGUGAAUGGAGGUGUGCUCAUCGUCCACCAGCUCAAUGAAGGAAAGCACCAGUAUAAUGUGGAAAACGUCUACAAGAAACAGAUUGGGAAGAAAAUGUUUGUCAGGAGAGGAGACAGGCUGAUGCAGAUCAACGGUAUGGAUCUGCAGGAUCUCCCACCGGAGGAGUUGGCAGAGAUGUUAGCUGAGGAGAAUCCGAUUCUGAUGGUGCAUAAGCAGAAAAAGAAGGAGGAGCACAAGGAGCUGCCAUCCGACGAUGACAACACUUUUUAUCCAGUUUCUAAGGAAUCCAGAAUGCUCAGUUUCUGCAUGGAGAUGAGGAGGGAGGAGGAGAAUGAAGUGGGCGAAGAAACGGAUAAAGGGUGUCCAGAGGGGGGUGCUGGUCAAGGUGAAAGUGAGGAGAACGGGGAGAAGAGGGACAUGCUCAUCGUUACCAUGACAAAAACCAGCAUCUCCGUAGUGGCAGGGCGGGGGUGCAGCUCCGUGAGUUCCUGUAAGGGAUGUGAUGGGAAAGGAUGUAACUUCAACGAUGUGGUUAUUGUUUCUGAGUCCAGCACAGUGACGCUUGUUCCAAGAGGAGGCAGCAAUUUCGUUGAGGUUCAGUCGUUGGACGCUUCAAUCCAGCAUGUGGCCACCCACAACUACCUGAGAACCAUGUGCUCACAGAAAUCCCUCUACACUUCACCUAAUCCAGAGAAUAUGACCAUCUACUACUACAAGUCAAACAUGUCUUUCAGAGGAAUACCAGUGGUUCUAAACAUCACCGGCUCCAGCUGCUUCCUCAGGUGCAUCAAGGAGGGAGAGAGGGUUUUUCUACAAGUGGAGACAUGUGAAAAACGCAGUCUGAGUCGGAUUUCCACGACUGAAGAGAACAAACUGUCCUACCUCUUCUACAUGAUUUCUGACUCUACAGCACACACCAAGUUUGAGUCAGCGCUGCACCUCGGAUGGUUCAUCCAAAUCCUAAACCCGGAGUCAGCAGUGAAAAUGAAAACCAUGGAUGGAGGCGAGCAGGAACACACAUUCUUCUUUAUUAUUAAAAAAUGAUGGGAACGUCUUUGUCUUCUCAGUCAAGUAAUUUACAGGAGACAUAUUAUUCUUUUUACUUGUGUCCUUUAUUGUUUUUUGGGGGAAGUAAAAGUUCUGCAAGUCAAAAAGCCCAAAGUCUGCAUCAAAGGCAGCUCCCAGAAAAAACCCUGCUCCUGAAAAUCCUGAAGCUCCUGAAGCUGCUGAAGCUCCUGAAACUCCUGAAGCUCCUGAAGCUCCUGGAGGUCAGUAGUGUCAUGUGACAUCAUGAUAUCCAACAUUUUCAAAAUCCCUGUUGAGCAUAUAGUCUGACAUACCCCCCCCCCCUGGAAAGUGGUUCACCAAUCAGAGCAGACUGGGCUUAAUUGGGAGGAGGGCCUUAAAGAGACAGCAGCUAAAACCAAGUUUUCAGACAGAGGCUGAAAAGAGGAGCUGCAGCAAUAAACACUGUGAGACAGAGCAUGUUAUACAUCAAAUUAAAACUGUCAAUCUGAAUAUCAGAAUCAUAUGUCUCCUUUAAACAUACAUUUUUUUCUUGUGACUUGUAUUUGGGACUUGAAGGUGACAUUAGAAUAAAGACAAACAUUUGAGGAGCUCUAAUGUUUGAGCCACUGGUCCAGUAACAGAACCAAAUGUCAUUGUGUCAAAUUCUGUAAUUGCAGAGGUGCAUAGAUAUUAAUUAGUGCUGUCAGUUUAACGCGUUAUUAACGGCGUUAACGCAAACCCAUUUUAACGCCGUUAAUUUUUUUAUCACGAGAUUAACGCAGAGCUGCCAACUCUCACGCUUUCGCCGUGAGACACACGCUUUUGCAUGUUGGUGGGUUAGGUUUAGGGUUAGGGUGUGUGUGCGUCUGUGUGUGUGUGUGUGUGGUUCCAGAUAGCGCACCGUAGCCCCGCCCCCUGCCCCCGCGCACUCGCUCAGAGAGACACAGUGAGAUCAGACCCUCAGUGAAUAACUGCUUCUUAACUAUGGAAACAGUGAAAACACAGAGUUUCUCUGGUCUCAGCUGAUCAGAGAUCAGCGCCUCAGCUUCUUGAUCAGAGCAGAAGCUGCAGUUGGUUUCUAUCGAGCUUAUGUAUCUGUGUUUGCCUCCAGUCUGACCUGCUCUCGCUUUUUGUUUUAGUAUUUCGCCAACUAAAAUAUAUAAUUUUAAGCUAUUAGGCUGCAGCUAUAUGUUUUUAUUUAUUUCAAAACAGGGUACUUCUUAUUUCAUACAUUUUCCACAAAUAUGGGGAGGACUCAAAUAGCCCUACACAGUUCUGUGUUUAAUUUGUUUCAAAGUAGGCCGACACUUGCCUGUGUAUUUGUUUGUUUGUUAUUUUGUUGCUUGUCUGUUUGAGAGGCCUGACUGCUAUGUUCACAGCUAACUUGAAAAAAAUAAAAUAUUAAGCCAUUGUUUAACUGCACUAUAGGCUGAGUCCUUGUUUACCUGAAAUGUGCACUUUAUAAUUUUAUUUUGUAGCGCCCUGUUUGGCAAUGUUGUUUUUCAAUAAAAUAAAACAUUUGCAUAAGGCAA